GCAAUAUAUACCUUCUUAAGACUUGGUCUGCCUGGGACUCAGUCUGUGUCUCUGUGACUCUAACACGCUGACGGCUCCGCUCGGUCAAAGCAAGAACAUCUUUCUCUGCAGUCUGACAGUGUUCAAUAACAUCAGGAUCCUGCAGCUAACAUGGCCACUGAGAAAAGAUUGUCUGCGAGGCGUAAGCAUACUCUGAAGAGCUGUAUGCUGGUGGUGGCGAAUAAUUUGUUGGAGGCUGAAGCAUCAGUGAAGGCUGAGGAGAGGGAGAAGUUCCUGGCAGACAAGUGUCCUCCUCUGGAGCUGCCGUACUCCAGGGACGAGCUCAUGGAACUUUGCAAGAAACUUCAUGAGCAGAUUGACAUCAGUGAAGAGGAGAGAUACUGCAUAGAGUUCAAGCUGAACAUGGUUCUCAGUGAGGUCCGAGAUCUCAACAUCAAGAUUGUGGAUCUGAGGGGAAAGUUCAAGAGACCUCGGCUGAAGAAAGUUCGCAUGUCCGCUGAUGCCAUGCUGAAAGCUCUGCUGGGCUCCAAACAUACAGUCAACAUGGACCUAAGGGCCAACCUGAAGCAGGUCAAGAAGGAGGUGAAAGAGGAGGACAAGCAGCUGCGCGAUGUUGGAGACUGGCGUAAGAACAUUGAAGACAAGUCUGAUAGGAAGAAGAUGUUUGACAGUUAAAUGCCAUCUGUCAUUGAUUGCUGGGCUUAAGAGUGAUUUUCAGGACAGAAUUCAGGUCUUGUGUAUUUGUAACUGAAGAGUUUUGUUCCAAAAUGCUGCAUAUCCACCUUUACUUUUAUAGUUAUGGAACAAAUGAGGCAGGAUAGCUGUGGAGGUUACACUGAUAAACAGUGGGUUUUUAAGCUUGUGGCACAGUAAGUGAUAAAUGGCCUCAAUCUCCUCAACUGGUUCACAAGUUUUUAAAAGUGCUGACACUUAACUGUGGGAUUUUUAGGUUUACAUUCUUCCAUUAUCAUUGUACACUUGCUUCAAAGCCUUAGUAUCACCUAUUGACGUAUUCAGCUGUUUUUAAUUUCGGCAAUUAAAAGCAGCAGAAACGUCAGGUUUUGAUUUUCAACAAAUCAAUUAAAUUAAAGUAUUUUCAUCUAAAACAUGAGUCAAAGCACAAAUUUGUUCUUUGCAAGUAUAGAAAAUCUGUAAUGUGAGCUGAGAGAGAUGAGGCAGGGUUUGGUUUGGUUAGUUUUAUUUUAUUUUUGAGUUCUGUAGAUUUUCGAUAUCUGACUUUAGGACAAAACUCUUCAGCUGAAUUUAAGCUGUCUUCUGCUUUUGCCUGUAUUGAUACUGUACUGUGAUGUAUUUGUACUGUAUGUGCUGUUAGUUAGUACAUAAGUAGUGAAUCAAACCUGCUUGUGUUCUCUGAAGGUUGAUUUAUACUUCUGCAUCCAAAUGUCACCAUAUCUACAAUGUACCUUCCUCAAACCUGCACUAAGUGCUGCAACCUGACCCACCACUGACAGGUCCGGACAAAUUAUUUGGUGAUUUCUUUUCUAUUGCAGGAAGCUUCAGGCGGUGUUUGAGUUUAGGUUUAGUUGUUUUCAAAUGCAAUUUUUUAAGAAAUUUCAUUCUUUCACUCUCUGACUGAGGCAGCUGUCUACUUCUAUGCAUGUGAUGUGUUGAAAGUGACAAAGCCUUGCAUUAGUCUGACAAGCUAACGGUCAGUAAUGGAUCAAACAAAUCAAAAGGCCAGUGAACCUGCUAGCAGAUGCAACUCCUAUUGCGGAAAUAUAAUUCAGUCUACAGUCUGUACUAAACAGCAUCAUGUCACCUUUUCUAAAGUGUUCAAACCAAAAUGUGACCUACUUUCCUUGUCUUGUCGCUCACAUUAAAUACAAAAGCUUCAUGUUAA